AUGGACCAAGGUCUACCAGUGGAUGUGUUGUACGCAUGGAAAUCCUUCAUGAGUCAAGCGUGUACAAGGAUUCCAGGCAGCCUACAAGACCUAAAGACUCUGGUUGUGAGGCAUCCUCUUGGUCGUCUGGUUUCAGCUUACAAAGACAAGUACCUAAAUGGGUCUCCACUUAAUACCUACGACAAGGACUACAGGAAAGUAACGGCAAGUCAUCAGACGUGGAAUGAUAGAUGGCAGGAAUACUGGCUUCCAGCUCUCAUACACAAAGGAUCCGUCGCACCUUCCCCUCAGUACCUCACAACACUAAAAAAGGUUUCGCAGGCAUAUGGCUUUCUGACAGGGAAGCGUUUUGGGACGUUUAGCCGCCAUCGUCUUAAUGAAACCAAGAAAGCAUCGUCUAACCCCGAGAGAAAGUUUAUAACGUUAGCCAAGAAGAUGCUGACAGUAGGCAAACACGUUGGUGUCGUUGCUGCUGUCAACAUUGGGUACUCCUUCACUAUGGCAGAGUUCCUUGAGCACGUAUUAUGGACCAGGGACGUGGACCUGUUGGACCAUCACUGGACCCCCAUUAGCCAACUGUGUGGUCCAUGUACAGCUGACUACAAGUACAUCGUGCGGCAUGAGAACCCCAAGGAAGCGGAGUACCUUCUGGGCCUCCUGCACCUUCAGGAAAACACCAUUCCGAGGAAACACAAAUCCAUCGGAGCAUUACAUGACCUUCAGUACUUUGAAGACGUCCCCAAAGACUUAAUGGCCAUAAUUAUUGAUAUGUAUAAACAAGACUUUGAUUUGUUCAGUUAUGAUAAGGUGAAAAAAAGAACAAUUUUAACAUCUGUAUUGUUAACUUCUCUGACCCACUCACUGCAGUACACAGAUAAAAACAACAGGUUAAUAAGAUGAGAAUUAAAACGCCAUCUACAUACAGUACAUAGCGCCGGCACAGUGGUCACCAACCCUCCACAGU